CGAUUUUCGAGAUUUCGCAGCUCGCUGCACCGCCUUGCAAAGAUGGGGAAAGUGGGUGAUUGGGUUGACACUGUCAACUGCAAGGUUGCCGCCAGCAAAGUUGGAUAUUGGUUCAAGCUGGAUGGCUCUGGACAUCCCAAAGAAAGGAAGGGGUCCUACUUCUUCACCGAGAUGCGUGCUGGUCUCGCGACCUUCUUCGCCAUGUCGUACAUCAUUGCCGUCAAUUCAAGCGUUGUUUCUGACACUGGAGGAACUUGCGUAUGCACGGCGGAUCCUCAGGUGGACAGGUGGUGUAUCAAUGACCCGACCUAUGCUAUCUGCAAGGCCGAGGUCAAGAGAGAUCUCAUCACCGCCACCGCCGCCAUUGCUGCUUUCGCUACUUUCUUUAUGGGUCUCCUCGCCAACUUGCCUAUCGGCCUUGCGCCUGGCAUGGGUUUGAACGCCUACUUUGCCUACACCGUCGUCGGAUUUCACGGCCAGGGUCUUGUUCCCUACCAGGUUGCCGUUACUGCCAUCUUCGUCGAAGGCUGGGUGUUCUUCGGUCUUGCGCUGCUUGGUAUGCGUCAGUGGCUUGCUCGGGUUAUUCCCCGGUCCAUCAAGCUGGCGACCAGCGUCGGUAUCGGGUUUUUCCUGACCCUCAUUGGUAUGACCUACUCUGAGGGUAUUGGUCUCGUGGUUGGCGAUACCUCGGUGCCCCUCGACCUUGCUGGUUGCCAUCCCUCCUCUCGCGACAGUGUCACAGGUGCCUGCCCUGACAGUGACAAGAUGCGCAACCCUACCAUGUGGAUCGGCAUCUUCUGCGGCGGUGUUCUCACAACCGUGCUCAUGAUGUACCGCGUCAAGGGUGCCAUUAUUGCCGGUAUCAUUCUCAUUUCCAUUAUCUCGUGGCCCCGCACCACCGAGGUCACCUAUUUCCCCUACACCGCUGUUGGCGACGAUGCUUUCGAUUUCUUCAAAAAGGUUGUCGACUUCCAUCAGAUCAAGCACGUCCUCAACGUUCAGCAGUGGGACAUUUCGGGACACGGCGGACAGUUCGGUUUGGCACUCAUCACCUUCCUCUACGUCGACAUUCUCGAUACCACCGGUACCAUGUACGCCAUGGCUCGCUAUGCCAGCCUUGUUGAUGAGGAGACUGGUGACUUUGAGGGUUCCACCAUUGCUUACAUGGUCGACUCCGUUAGUAUCGCCAUUGGUGCUAUUCUGGGUACUCCCCCCGUCACUGCCUUCGUCGAGUCCGGUGCCGGUAUCGGUGAGGGUGGCAAGACGGGCCUCACAGCCAUGGCGACUGGCGUGUGCUUCUUCAUCGCCAUCUUCUUCGCCCCCAUCUUCGCUUCGAUUCCCCCGUGGGCCACCGGCUGCGUCCUUAUCUUGGUCGGCUCUAUGAUGGUCCGCGCUGUGACGGAUAUCAACUGGAAGUACAUGGGCGACGCCAUUCCAGCCUUUGUUUGCAUUGCCCUGAUGGCCUUCACCUACUCCAUCGCCAACGGCCUGAUUGGCGGUAUCUGCCUGUACAUGCUCCUGAACGUUCUCGUCUGGAUCAUUGAGAAGGUGUCCGGUGGUCGCAUUGUGCCCCAGAACAAGGAGUUCAAGGACCCAUGGGUGCCCGACUUUGGCAGCAUUAUCCCCAUGUGGAUGGUCAACGUUGCCAAGGGCAGGGCUCCCUGGAAGAUGGAUGAGCCGGUCAGAUCGAUCGAAGGAACCACUGGGCCAGAGCCAGUGCUGGUUGGAGAGAAGGGCGAGAAGGGUGACAGCUCCGCCGGAUCGAGGCCAGAUUCCGCGACCGAGGUCCCAGCUGAGCUCGUCAACGAAAAGGGCGCCCAUCAUUGAUGAUGAAUAACAUGAAAACAUGAAUGAUUUGGAUCUAAAAAAAAAUGUGGAAUACAUUCAGGAUACGAAGGGUCGUGAUGAGGGCGGGCGUUUGUAAUAGUUCAUAGAUAAGGGGGUUGUAAGAUAAUGGCUGGCGGAAAAUGAUGCACCAUGACCGUAUGGUUGAAGAUACCAAAGAUACCUAAUAAACAAUUCAAUGAAC